AUGGCGGGAGGGGGCAAUGCAGAUUCUCGGUCCUUAGAACAAACGCCCACCUGGGCUGUGGCCAUUGUUUGCUUCGACUUUGUAAUCAUUUCUAUGCUAAUCGAGCAAGCUAUUCAAUUCCUUUCCAAGUGGCUCAAGAAACGCCGAAAGAAAGCUCUGAGCAAAGCACUGGAAAAGAUCAAAGCAGAAUUGAUGGUUCUGGGAUUUAUCUCGCUGAUGCUCACUGUUGGACAGAAGCCAGUUUCAGAGAUUUGUGUAUCUAAGAGCUUAGGAGAGACUUUGCUCCCCUGUUCAAAGGAGGAAGCCUUAGCAGACCAUGUUUCUGAUCAGAUUGAAAAGAUUUCAUUAAUUGGGCAGCAUCAUCGUAAGCUCCUCCUGUUAUCAGCUUCUGAAACACCAUUAAGGCGUAGCUUGGCCACAGAGGAGACUGUGACUGGUCUCUGUGCUAAAAAAACUGGAGGCUUCGCUGCACCUGCUAAAACUAAUUCUAAAUCUAAUGACAGUUGUUAUUGUUAUGGAGUUAUGUUCUUUUGGAGCUGUUCUGCACCCUUUAAUCGACACAAUAAAAUUGAUUUUCAAACACAUAUAAAGAGAUCUUUGGACAAUGACUUUAGUGUUCUAGUAUCCAUCAAUCCACAUCUAUGGUCUUCUACCAUCUUAUUUUUACUUCUCAAUAGACAUGGGUGGUUCAUCUUCUCUUGGUUGCCAUUUUUUCCAUUGAUUAUUCUUCUGAUAAUGGGAACAAAGAUGAAAGUCAUAAUAACAAAAAUGGCGUUACAUAGCCAAGAUAGAAAUCCUAUUGAGCAAGAAGCUCCAGUGGUGAAGCCCAAUAAUCAACUGUUCUGGUUUGGUAAACCUCGGUUGAUUCUCCGUCUCAUUCAUUUUACCCUAUUUCAGAACGCUUUCCAAAUGGCUUUCUUUUUUUGGACAUGGUACAAGUAUGGUCUGAAAUCCUGCUUCCAUAAACGGGAUCAAGAUAUUGUAGUCAGAAUAAGCUUGGGGAUUGGAGUUCAGAUGUUGUGUAGCUAUGUAACUCUCCCUCUCUACGCACUUAUCACACAGCUUGGGGCAAACAUGGAGGGAGAAAAAGGGCAGGAAGAUCAAUCAAGCAGACAACCUAAUCCAACUGAAGGAUCUUCUCCCCAACAUCACCACAAUCCCAAUGACAGUUCAAAGGAAAAGAUAGAAGGCAUUAUCCCUACUUCACAUGAAGACACACAAGAUGUUGAAACAAAGGAGUCUGUAAAGGAAAUAAUAGAAGGGAUUAUCCCUAAUUCACAUGGAAACAAACAACAUAUUGAAACAAAAGAGUCUAUAAAGUAAAAUAUAGAAGGCAUCAUCCCUACUUCACAUGGAGACUCAUCCAAGCAAGGAGGACACAAUCUGUGAUGCAGGAGCAUCUUGCAGGAGACAUAGUGACGAGCAAUUAAUGGAUGACGACUUCCUUAAUAUAGUGUGAAUAGUUUCAUAAUAAUUGGCAGCUACUAAUGUGACAGUUUUUUUUGUAGUGCGUAUAUUUGUGUAAGAGUUGUUUGUAGUAAAAACUGUGAAGCUCGUAAUGACAUGUCAGGCAUCUGAGUCUAUUGUUCCUGAGUUAUUAUUGUUAUGUUGAGCAGAAAUUUCAUACGAUAGAGGACCUAUGACUCUUUAAGAUUGUAUAGCCGUGUGUUGAGAAAUUUCUGAUGUAUAUAUAUACUUCAACCUGAUUAUGCUAUAGGUUAUUUAAGUUCCA